GAGAAGGGGAGUGGAAAGAAGGAACGGGGGCGGCUGAACAGGUCGUGGCUGAGUGAACCGGCUCGUCCUUCCCGUUUGGCUUUGCUAGGUGACUGGGUGACGGAGGUUGGCCGGGAAGGCUGACUUGGCGCGGGGUGUGUUGGCCGGCGCCUCGCCUUUGCCUUUGCGCUUUGUACCCAACCGCGCGCGCGAGCGGCCGCGCUCAGGUGCGGUGGGAGGGUCUGCGCUCUCCUUUCACUUUCUCCGGUCGCCAAAGCGGACACCUGGGGACGGAACCACAGCUCCCACCAGGCCAGCGAGGCAGGAGGACCGAAAAGGAAGGCUCGGAGAAGAAGUGAACAUUACCUGCUAGCAGAGGUGAGAGAGCCAGCCAGGUAAGCAACAGGUGGACCAGGAAGGUGAGGGUUACAGGAUGCGGGACGAAGGGCACCGGCGGGGGCGGGGGGCACCGCUCAUUCCUCCUUGCGGCGCCGCAGGCUUGGGUGAAGAGGGCUUCUGUGGAAACCCUGAGGACUUACUUGGGCAAGGGGGCCGUGGAAGCAAGAUUCCAGCCCAAGUGACAGGGAUAUGACACCGGAAGUAGAAGGGCCUCAUUUGAAAAGCCAGAAGGAACAAAGAAAGGGGUUUCAUCGUGGCUUUUGUCUGCUGGAUCAUUUAGCCAUAGGUGACUUCAGAGGUGUCCAAGAGAGGUAUGGGAUCCUUCUUCAUCCAUUUAAAGCUCAGGGUUUUCCCAGGCAAGUGAUGAAUCUGUGCGCUUUUCAGUUUCUGUGAUGAUACAGACUUGUCCUUUUCGGACUUUCGAGAAAACCCGAAGCUAAAACGGGAAGAAAUGGAGAAGGGUGCUGUAAGGCAGGAACAGUCUGAAGCCAGUCAAAUCUAAUCGCCAAAUGCUAUCAGCUUUCGUGUACUUUUACGACACGCUGGAGGAGGAGGAGACCCAACACAGCACCAUGUGAAGCACAGUUGAAAGGCCCAGGGAUAUUUGCCUUGAGGGGAUGUGCUUGCUGCUUCAAAUAUCUGACGGGCUGUCGUGUGGAAUAGGAAUCUGCCAAGUCCGGGCACAGCACGAGGGUCAACAGAUGGAAACUCCAGAGAGAUAGAAUUCAACCCCAUGUCCGUUCUAGGUGGCAACGGCCAUGCAAUUCUCCAGCUCAUCCAGGGCAGCAGAUGAGAAUUUUGACUAUUUGUUCAAGAUUAUCCUCAUUGGGGAUUCCAAUGUGGGGAAGACGUGUGUGGUGCAGCAUUUCAAAUCUGGGGUCUACACGGAGACGCAGCAGAACACGAUUGGGGUGGAUUUCACUGUGCGCUCCCUUGAGAUCGAUGGCAAGAAAGUGAAGAUGCAAGUGUGGGACACAGCAGGCCAGGAGCGCUUCCGGACCAUCACGCAAAGCUACUACCGCAGCGCCCACGCGGCCAUCAUCGCCUACGACCUCACCCGACGCUCCACCUUUGAGUCUGUUCCUCACUGGAUCCACGAGAUAGAAAAAUAUGGCGCGGCGAACUUGGUCAUUAUGCUGAUUGGGAACAAGUGUGACAUGUGGGAAAAACGGCAUGUCCUGUUUGAAGAUGCCUGCACGCUGGCUGAGAAACACGGCCUCCUUGCUGUUCUGGAAACAUCUGCUAAGGAGUCUAAGAACAUCGACGAGGUCUUCGUGCUGAUGGCCAGGGAGCUGAUUGCCCGCAACAGCCUGCACUUGCUUGGUGAGAGCCCCCUGAACAACCUGGCCAUGGGUUCCCGGCCGGUUCUUAUGGCCCAGGGGCCGAAGGAGAAGACCCACUGCAUGUGCUGAAUAUGCCCUCGAGGCCAGCUGCACGCACCGGAUGCCUGAUGUCAGAAACCAAAGUUGGCCGGAUAUCCUGUUGUCGGCCCAGAGCAUCUCAGACCAAAGCACAGACUUGCCUCUGGCCCUAACCCCGCCCCCUGGAUGGGGAGCACUGUUGCCUUGAUUCACACCUGAGGCCAGAACUGCGGACUCUGAGGAACAGGACACCACUGUUUCUUUGGAUCCCGCCUAGGGCUUAAGGCACAGGGGUAGGAGGACACGGUCUGCUCUUUCAUCCUUCCAUUUUCUGUCUCCCCAACCCUUCAACGGCUUUCUACUGAAUUCUGCUUCUCACUCAAAGAAGAGGGUAGUGAAGGAAAGAGGAAAGGAGGCCUAUCAAGAGGGGGAGAGGAUGUUUAGAACAUUCCAGGGCAGUUUAUAGCAGCUCUGGCAAGGGAGGAUGGAAAAAAAACCCUGCAGUGAUAAACCAGAAUGCUGCUGACAUUCACAUCUCAGGUCUUUAGCUUGGGGGGCAAAGCCUUUGACAUAAAGACCAUCUACACUGUUUUGCCGAAUGGUCAAGUGCCAUGUGACGGAGACAGAAUGGGAUCUCACUUUAUCCUAGUUAGAUUGCUUUGACCACCCUCCUAGAAUGCGGGAGAUGCCUACAGUUUCCUUUCUAAAGUACCACAUUACCUGCUGGAUAAAAACUCACUUCUGAAUUGCAAUUAAAUGGGUUCAUAGAUGAAUUUCAAGACAAAAGUGACCUCACUGUGUGGCCCCUGUGCAUGCCCCGGACCCUCCAACACCUGUGAGAAAUAAACGUCCUUUUUU